AGGGGCGGCCCCGCCAGCCGCAGCCAUGGCGCCGCCGCCCUCAGCGCUCUGCCUCUUCGACGUGGAUGGCACCCUCACGGCCCCGCGGCAGAAAAUCUCGGCGGAGAUGGCGGCGUUCCUGCAGCGGCUGCGGCAGAAGGUGAAGGUGGGAGUGGUGGGCGGCUCGGACUUCGCCAAGAUCCGCGAGCAGCUGGGCGAGGACGUGAUUGAAAAAUAUGACUACGUGUUCCCAGAAAAUGGCCUGGUAGCAUACAAAGAUGGGAAAUUCUUGAGCAAGCAGAGCAUUCAGGGCCACCUGGGCGAGGACAUCCUUCAAGAUGUCAUCAACUACUGCCUCAGUUACAUUGCAAAGAUUAAACUUCCAAAGAAGAGAGGCACUUUCAUUGAGUUCCGAAAUGGGAUGUUAAAUGUGUCCCCCAUUGGAAGAAGCUGCAGCCAGGAAGAACGACUUGAGUUCUAUGAACUUGAUAAAAAGGAGCAUAUAAGAGAGAAAUUUGUAGCUGAUCUACAAAGAGAAUUUGCAGGCAAAGGCCUGACAUUUUCUAUAGGAGGGCAGAUAAGCAUCGAUGUGUUCCCAGAUGGCUGGGAUAAAAGGUACUGCUUAGGAAUUGUUGCCAAGGAUGGAUACAAGACUAUUUACUUCUUUGGAGACAAGACCAUGCCAGGAGGGAAUGACUAUGAAAUUUUCACAGACUCCAGAACAGAAGGCCACAGUGUCACAUCCCCACAGGAUACAAGAAGAAUCUGUGAAGAGCUGUUUUUUAAAUAAAAGACUUUGACAGUUUGCACUUCCAAGACGGUUAAAACAGCAAAAUACCUUGAAACAUCAUCUUCAUUCUGUAUUGGUUUUUUGUAAUUGGUCUUGAAUAGCAGGUGCUUUGCAGGUCAGUCAUUACUGAAGGGAAAUAAUUUAAUUGCAGACCCCUUGCUGACUGGGGGAACACAGCAGAGCUCAUUUAGCAGCAUCCUUUCAGUUUCCAAUCGCAUAAAUUGUUUUCUUUUUGCUUGGUUGUGGGGUUUGGGUUGGGUUAUAUUUUGGGUUGGUUUUUAAGAUACCUGUUUUAAUUAGUUAAGGAAGUUUUUAAACUUCCUUAACUAACUAAUUACCAUUUAGGGAGGGAACGGGAGGCAUAAUCUGCCUCUCAUUAAUUCAUGGUCUCAAAAUUGCCUGCAAGGUUUAAUCCCUAGGGGUUUUUUAAAGUUGAGGCUGUUUUUUAAAAGAUAUGGUUGUUGUUGUUUUUUUAAAUACUUACCUUGUGCUAUAUGAAUUAACAAGAAGUACAAGACAGUUGGGAUUUUCUUGUCUAAAACUGGAAGAUGAGCAGAAGGGAAAGGUUUUAUUUCUUCCUGGGGUUGGGAAGAUGGCACUGAAGUAGAAGUUCAGAGCCCUGACUGCCAUCCCUGGGAAUGCUGGACCAGCUGUUGCCAAAGUUCCCUCCUCAGGGUGGAUGUGGUGCCAAGGUACCAGUCAGGUCAUGGUACCUACGUUCUUUGCAGACCAAAUCUAAAAAAUCAUUUGUAAAAAUUAAUUAAAAUAGCUUCAGCACAUUAGCAAAAUAUAUUUCUGUCAUUUUCUGAGAUUCCUGAUUAAGGCAUUAAGUGUUGGUGAGAUUUUUCGUACUAUAAAAAUGACCUAAAUUAUGUUUAUAUUAAAAUUCAAGUCAAUGUCUGACACUCUGUGUAACUGUUAAUAUUAUUUUUCUCAUCUGGCAUUAGAAUAGUAAUCAUGAGUAUGAAUGGUUUGAUUUAGUAAAGGAGAAUAAAAUCAUGAAGAAAUACUGUUUCCACUUGUCAUUUUGGUAAAUAAAAUACUUAAAGCAGACUUGUUGCAUGCUGCCU